CCAGAAGAUGGGGGGCCCCGGCUGGGGGAACCCCUCGGGCCCCGGUUCCUGAGAUCAACUCCAGGAGGGAAGACCCCAUCCUGCACCCCUGCCGGGCCCACCCCCAGACCUGCUUCAUGCCAUGGGAGCUGUCCAGGGGAAGAAGAAAGAAUAUUCUCCUCACGCCGGAUUUCGUCAUGAAAAUGUGAAGCAGAGACCAAAUGGUUCAGCCGCCAUGUACUCCGAGAUCCAGAGGGAGCGAGCAGACAUCGGGGGCCUGAUGGCGCGGCCCGAGUACAGAGACUGGAACCCAGAGCUCAUCAAACCCAAGAAGCUGCUGAACCCUGUGAAGGCCUCUCGGAGCCACCAGGAGCUGCACCGCGAGCUGCUCAUGAACCACAGAAGGGGGCUCGGCGUGGACAGCAAACCGGAGCUGCAGCGGGUCCUAGAACACCGCCGGCGGAACCAGCUCAUCAAGAAGAAGAAGGAGGAGCUGGAGGCCAAGCGGCUGCAGUGCCCCUUCGAGCAGGAGCUGCUGAAACGGCAGCAGAGGCUGAACCAGUUGGAGAAGCCACCGGAGAAGGAAGAGGAGCACGCGCCUGAGUUCAUCAAGGUCCGGGAGAACCUACGGAGAAUCGCGGCCCUGGGCAGUGAAGAGAGGGUGCUGUAGACCUGGCCGGGGGACCCCCCUCCACCAACUGUGCCCCCCUACCCAGGCCACCUGCUCCAGCCUGUCUGUACCCAAGAGCCCGGGACCGAAGGUCUGGGGCAUCUGUGACGUUGAUGGCGCUUGGCUUUGCUUCCUAGAAAUCUGCCUCCCCGGAGCCUGCGGCCAGACUUCUCCCCAGCGCCCCCUCCCCCAACCGCUUCCCCUUCCCACCUCAGCACAGAGCACUCAGUCAACAGGUUCCUCUCCCUGGGGGGGUCCUGAGCCCCACGAGCCUUCCUGCAGAGCUGGAGGGUCUCUGAUCUGGCUAGCUCCCCAUGUGACAUCUCUGGCAGCCCCAUGGCUUCCUGGGAGAGUGUCCGGCCACUGGUGUGCCCUGCCCAGGCUUGGGCCCCUGGACAUAGCAGCCUGGACUGCCUGUUGGGAGAGGUCAGGGGGGCCGGGCAGGUGCCACUGUCCUGGGCCGGGAAGGCCCAGAGUUCACCAGCCUGUCCCCCCUCCCCCACUGCAGCCUCUCCACUGCCCUCCCGGCCCGGCCUGGGCACCUGGGGGAACUUAGGUCUCAGACUCAGUGGGGCUGAGGUGGGGCUUGAUGUCUGCUCGUCCAAGCAUGGGGCUGCUGGUUUGAGGCUCUCUCUGUCUCCCCAGGACUGCAGGCUCGAACUCUCCUGAAAGCCAUCACUGUUUCUGUCCACCCCCCAGCCCUGCCCUGGAGGUCCUCACCGCACUCCACAGCCCCUGGGACUCUCUAUGAUGCGCCCACCAGGGCCCCCACGCUCACACAGACCACCGUCUUGCUCCCAGGGACAGGUGUGGCGGGGUUUGCGCCAGAGUUCCUUGGGCCGUUGCCAAUCUGCUUUCUAACCACGGUGAUGACACAGUCUAGCCAAUAGCCUGUGGAGAGCAGAUACACCAAGGGGAGCACCAAGCUCCAGAAACAGGAGCAGAGGUUUGAAACUGCCCCAUCCCACCCCCAUCCCUUUGAGUCCCCAUCUCCUGCCAGAGUCACUCCCCAUGCCACUUGGUUCUAGCCCCUGGGACAUCAGAAACCCCUUUCGUGCAAGACAAACAAUUUCCGUGUUUGAAAUUUGUGGCUGCCUUGGGCUCUGCAAGGUUUAGAGAAUGAAUGAGCCAGACCCGGUUCCUUUCCCCAAGAACAACCCCUCCACCUUCCUCGGCUCUGGAAAUGCCUCCUUUCAGUGGGCAGGGCAGGGUGAGAAAGGCCCUCUCUUACCAGCACCUACUAGGUGGCGGUUUGAUUCUUGGAGCCAGAUGUGUGAUGCCCAGAAUGGAAGGCUCAUACUCCUUCCUCUCUGCGUGCUUGGCGGGACAUGCCUGAUACCCGCAGAGGGUGUCCAUGUCGCCAUGCUGUGUCAUGUGUGCACGAGAGAGCAAGUCACUGGGGAAGCCAGAGAGACAGUCUGGCAGGUAAGGCACUGGCCUUGCACAGUGCCGACCCUGAGCCCCGCCAGAAGUAACUGCUAAGCAUUGCCAGGCGUGGCAAAAAAAAAAAAGUGUGAGUUGAGCUGGAAGGACCCAAAAAAUGUCUGUUUUUGUGAGACUGUGGUGGCAGCAUCCCAGACUCCUCCUCUGGGGUGAGAAUGAAGGAAAAGAUGCAGGAUCCUGAAGUAGAGAGUGUCCUCAGAGGGACUGCUUGGGGCUUCCCUUGGGGGCCGCAGAGGUGGCCUGGUACUGCACCUCAUGCCAUACAGACACUCUGGUGCACUCCCCGGCGUCAGUCCUGACUCCUCUCGGCCACUUCCCACUAGGCAGGUUGUAAAGGCACAUUCUUGUCCCAACCUCCUUUGCAGCUUAGGGAUCCAGGCACGGCCAGUGAAAUUUAAAGGAAGUCUACAGGGGCUCUGGGGCAUCUUAAGCUUUUAUUGAUAAACGAUACUGACAUGGCUAACACUUCCUCGUCCCUGCCUGCUUCCUGCCUUGGUUGGUGAUGUGAUGCCCCGAGCCAUAGCAGCCAUUUUGCUGUCGGGAGAAAAAGGCCAAGAGACUCUCCGAGACGUUGAGCCUUAUCAUCGUUGACUAAGCCAAUGCCAGCAACGGUCUUCUUUCAGAAUUCUUGUAAAUAAAACCCUCUUUGUUUAAGUCA